GCAAUGGCCCAUCGCUUGACGGGGCACCAGCAGCAGCCAUGAGGCGCCACCAGAGAAUAUGCUCAGCAGCUCCCUGACGCCCACAGAUUUGCAGUCUGACACAUCCAUCAUGAUUUCGGUCUCUUUACGAAGACAGUGAAUGGUCAUCGAGACCAACGCCGAAGCAUGCUACUUCGUCCUUGGCAUCGUAGACAUAUGCACGCGUCAAACGCUACUUAAGCAGCUGAGGCAUGUCGCAAGCUCCGCUUUGAGAUGUCUACUUGGGUACACAAUGCAAAUACUCAUGGAUUUUAGCGCGGGGAUUUUAGAGGCAACAAUAGACGUGCAACCACCACUAGAAGUACGAGUUCGACGCGUCGACGAUCUCACCACAUCUUCUUCAAGUGGGAUUUUUCCAUCAGAUCACAGACUGACCAGGUCAGCGAAAACGCCACUGGGACGAUGCUCUAUCAAGUUCCACGGCGACAUCGAAAUUCAUGAUUUGUUGUGUUUCGCCCUUGGAUUACUGGCGACACGACGUGUGAUGUCCGAGCCCGCAGCUGAUGAUCUGCGGGUCAAAGAUCGACCGAAGGCUUUCGCGGCUGCUCUGGAGGGUCAUGAUUGGCAGCGACAUCACGCCGAGUCGCGCGUCCAGCAUAUGUGCUUGGCCUCGCAGACCAAGUCUUGCAGUGACAGGCGAUCUCUCAUCUGCUCAUCUCAGGGCAGCAUGUUGGUCACAUCUCGCGAUUCCUGAUUAUCGUGCAUGUCGAUCGCACUGCCUGGGUUCGGCGAUGGACGGCGACCCACCUCGGU